AUGUCCGCCGUGGAAACUCUUUUGGAUGCCAGAGAGCCAUUUAAAUUUAUUGGCAAAUGGAAGAAAUCGGAUCCGUGUAUUUCCGAACGUCCGGCUGAAGACGUCGAAUAUGACGAACCGCACGCUAAGCGUCGGAUUGCGAUUCUGGAAUCCCACCCCGAAGUCAGACAUCUUUAUGGCAAUUGCCAUUUGACUUUUUUGGUGUUUAUAUUUGCUCUCAUCAUACAUGGGAUGGUUGCACAUUUUUUGACCCAUCUUUCUUACCCAAUUAUCGUUUUCUUGUCGUUUUUUGUUGGCGGAACGGUUUGCCAACUUAUGGGCGUCAUUAUUCACGAGGCCACUCAUGAUUUGAUAUUUCCAAAUUCUUUGCUCAAUACAAUGGUCCUUUUUCUUUGUGUGGUUGGAAAAGAUCCAGAUUUGCCGCUUGAAAUUGAAUAUCAUCUGAUCCGCGGGUCUCCUAUCAAAAAGUUGAUAUGGCUUCUUAUUUAUCCAGCAAUGUAUGCUAUCAGAGGCGCAUCUUUGAAAAAAGUACCCUCUGCUGCCGAGGUUGUCAAUGUAAUUUUUGUGAUCGCUUUCCAAAUGGCAUUAUAUCGCUUUUACGAAUGGAAUGCCUCGUUUAUUCUCUAUUAUUGGCUCUCAUUUUACUUUGGGUAUACCAUUCAUCCAGCGGCUGCACACUUUAUUCAGGAGCACUUUACAUGGGUGGACGGUCAAGAAACAUACUCUUAUUACGGAAGCUUAAACCUUGUUUUCCUAAACAUAGGCUAUCACAAUGAACACCACGACUUUAGUCAGGUAACAGGAAUAGCUCCAGAGUUUUAUUCUGAGCCCCAGUAUUUUUCGCACAAAUCCUGGGUUAAAGUCUACAUUGAUUUCAUCUUUUCAAGGGAAUUAGGUCCGCAAAGCCGGGUCAUUCGAACAUAUGAAGCACAUUUGAAUGGCCGAAAUAUGAUUUCGUCCAAACGCCUUGCUCGUCAAGGCAAGAAUAACAAGCUUGUUAAAUAA